AUGCCUCUCUUCAGGACGGCGCUGCGAGUCUCCAACCGCUCCAUUCUGGUCUUCAUCUUCUUCUUCUCCUUUUCUUCCUCUUGCCUUUAUUUCAUCUAUGUGGCUCCCGGCAUGGCAAAUACGUAUUUAUUUAUGGUACAAGCACGAGGUAUAAUGCUGAAAGAAAAUGUGAAAACAAUAGGACAUAUGAUCAGACUGUACACUAAUAAAAAUGCUACAAUAAAUGGCACAGAUUAUCCUGAAGGCAACAGUACAAGUGAUAGUAUUGCUCAGACAGUGACGUAUCUUCCAGAAAACUUCACUUACUCUCCUUCUCAAUCUUGUCCAGAAAAAUUGCCCUCCAUGAGAGGCUUUAUUGAAGCAAAUAUGAGUGAAAUUAGUUUGGAAGAAAUUCAACAGAUGUUUUCUAAAGAUUUAGACAUUGAACAAGGUGGUCACUGGAAGCCAAAAGACUGUAAACCACGUUGGAAGGUUGCCAUACUCAUCCCUUUUCGCAAUCGUCACGAACACCUUCCUAUAUUUUUUCGUCAUUUAAUACCAGUGUUGAAGAAGCAGAGGCUAGAAUUUGCUUUCUAUGUUGUUGAACAGGUAGGAACACAGCCUUUUAAUCGAGCAAUGCUGUUUAAUAUUGGCUUCAAAGAAGCUAUGAAGGAUGGUGAUUGGGACUGUGUAAUCUUCCAUGAUGUGGAUCAUUUACCAGAAAACGAUAGAAAUUAUUAUGGAUGUGGUGAAAUGCCACGUCACUUUGCUGCAAAAUUGGAUAAAUAUAUGUACAUACUUCCAUACAAUGAAUUUUUUGGUGGUGUAAGUGGACUAACAGUAGAACAAUUCAAAAAAAUCAAUGGAUUUCCAAAUGCUUUCUGGGGAUGGGGAGGAGAAGAUGAUGACCUUUGGAACAGAGUCCACUCUGUAGGAUUUAAUGUGACAAGACCAGAAGGAGAACUUGGGAAGUAUAAGUCAAUUCCUCAUCACCACAGAGGAGAAGUUCAAUUUUUAGGACGAUACAAACUAUUAAGAUAUUCCCGAGAGCGUCAGUUUAUUGAUGGUCUAAAUAAUCUAAUAUAUAUGCCAUCUAUAUUUGCCAAUAAACUGUAUACUAAUAUCACUGUAAACCUGGUGCCAGAACUAGCUCCUGUUCAAGAUUAUUGAUGGCAUAGAAGAAUAAACUACUGGCUGUACAUUUUGUAACACUGGAAAAAUACUAAAUCAGGUAUUUCAAAUGACUGCACAAUCAUGUGUCAAUUAGUGAAUGCUUCACAUUAAGAAACCAAUAAGUACUCAAGCCUUGUUAGCUUUUCUGUAGAUAAUAAAUACAGCAUGCUUAGAAAUCAGGAAAAUUUCUUUCUCUAAGAAAGCGUGCAUUCAAUGAAUUAUAAUUAUUUUUUUAAUGUUUUCCAUAUCAUGUAAAUAUCUGUUAAAAUAUUAGGUUUUUGACUACGGCGGCGUUCUGCAUGUUUUGGAAGUGCUUGUGUUUAGUAUUUCUAGAAUUUAGGCAUGCAAUGUAAGCAAUUCUAGACAAAAAUUUUGAAUGAUUUAUAGGCUGAUUUAUAAAUACUGGCUAUCCUGUUAUAAUAAACUUUUAUGCUUAUUUUGAGCUCCAAGCCUUCUGUGUAACACCUAUACCUGUGAUUUUACCACCAAACCUAUGAUAAAUAAACUUUUAAUCUUUAUUCUAUCUGUUAACCAGGGAGGUUCCCUGAAUAUGCUUGAAAGAAUAUUA